AUGGCGGAACCAAGGGUAAUCACGGUGUCCCAAGACGGCCACGCCGACCACAAAACAGUACAGGAUGCCGUAGACGCCGUCGCAUCCAACGGCACCACUCGAACAAUCAUUCGGAUCUCACCUGGUACUUACAGGCAACCCGUUUUCAUUCCCAAGGACAAGAACCUCAUCACCAUAGUCGGUGUCCGAGCUGAGGACACUAUUCUCACAUGGGACAACACCGCUACUAAAAACGAACAUCACCUUGAUGAGAGUGUGAUUGGAAAAGGCACGUUUGGUUCCGGGAGUGUGAUGGUGGUAGGAGACGAUUUCAUUGCUGAAAAUGUCACUUUUGAGAAUAGUGCUCCAGAGGGUUCACACCAAGCUGUGGCAUUCAGGGUGACAGGAGAUCGGGGUGCAUUCUAUAGUUGCAGAUUUCUGGGGUGGCAGGACACCCUUUACCUGCACCAGGGAAGGCAUUACGUGAGAGAUUGCUAUAUCGAAGGAAACAUAGACUACAUCUUCGGAGCUAGUACAGCUCUCUUCGAACAUUGUCAUCUCCACUGCAAGUCACCUGGUUUCGUAACCGCGCACAAACGCAUUACCGCCGAGGAAACAACCGCUUAUGUGUUUCUGAGAUGUGUCAUAACUGGCAACGGAGAGCCGGGGUACUCAUUCCUCGGGCGUCCAUGGGAACCCUUUGCAAGGGUGCUGUUUGCAUUCACUUUCAUUGAUAAAUGCAUAAAAUCCGAAGGUUGGAAUAACUGGGAGGAUCCAGAAAAGGAGAAGACUGUUUGCUUCUACGAGUUCAGGUGUUUCGGACCGGGUGCGCAUCGGAACGAACGAGUGGCCUGGUCGAAAGAACUGAACAACGAAGAAGCAGAAGUGUUCCUUGUGCAUAAAUUCAUCGACACUGAUCCAGAACACUCUUGGCUUGCUCAGAGAAUGGGCCACAGAAUCCCAGUUAAUGCCUAGAAAUCAUUGCUAAGC